AUGUUUACUAACCAGCGAGAACGUCUCAACAGAUGAGUCCCUCGUUUUAGCACCUCCGGUUCCUGUGGGUGCGGAAGCUGUGGCAGUUUGCAGUCAGAACUUUUCUUAGCCGCUGCACGUGGAUCACAGUGCAGAGGCGCGAGCGCGGGGACGGGAGCGAGCAGGGACGGGGACGGGAGCGCGCAAUCAGCUGAAGCGCAGUGAUUUCUACGGUCAACCAACCGGAGAGACAUGAAUGGAACAGUUGCGUCAGUUGAUGAGAUGGAGAACAGGCAGAAAUCACGAUGGAAACUGUUUCUUGAGGAUAUCAGUGUGUUACAGCUGGUGCUGUCCUUCUUGUUCAUGGGAAUCUCAUGUAUGGCGUUGAUGCUUUAUCUGAUGUUUACUUCGCUGUGGCCGAUUCCCAUUCUGUACUUUACCUGGCAGUUUUUUGACUGGAACACACCUGAGAGAGGUGGAAGAAGAACUAGGUUUGUGAGAAGCUGGCGUGUGUGGAAACAUUUUAAAGACUACUUCCCAAUAAAGCUGGUGAAGACAGCAGAUCUGAGUCCCAGUAGGAACUAUGUUCUGGGUUGCCACCCGCAUGGCAUCAUGAGCAUAGGCGCCGUCUCCUGCUUCAUCACAGAACAUGGCGGGUUUGCACAGGCGUUCCCUGGAAUACGUCCCUCACUGGCCAUGCUGGCUGGCCUCUUCCGCAUACCUCUGUUCAGAGAUUACCUCAUGUUUUCAGGAAUAUUGCCGGUCAGUAAAGAUAGUCUGAAAUACAUGCUGAGUCAAUCCGGUGUAGGCAACGCUAUGGUCAUCAUAGUCGGAGGAGCUGAGGAGUCACUAGCUUCUUCUCCUGGAGUGAACACCGUGGUCAUGAAGCAGAGGAAAGGCUUCGUGCGUCUCGCUCUGGAAAACGGGGCUGACCUCGUUCCGGUGUACUCAUUCGGGGAGAACGAGCUCUUUCCCCAGGUUCUGCUGUCCGAGGGCAGCGUAGGCCGCAGGCUUCAGGCUCUGUUUAAGCAAGUGAUGGGAUUUGCGCCGUGUCUCGUCACCGGGGGACGCUGGCUGUUCCUGCCUUACAGGAGACCCGUCACUACUGUGGUUGGAAGCCCCAUCUCUGUUCCUCACGUAUACAAUCCAUCCGAACAACAGGUGGACCACUAUCACACGCUUUACAUGGAAUCUCUGUCCGAACUCUUCCACACGCACAAAAGCAGCUGCGGUCUGGCCGACACACACCAGCUACGCAUCAUCUAAACAUCACACACACACACAAAGUUGAAUUUUAAUCCUGUAAAAUACACAAGUAUUAUUUUUAAAUGACAUUUGCUGCUUUUAUCUACUUUAUAGCUUUGUAGUUGUUUGCUCUCGAUUAAAUAUAAACAUUACUA